AGCUUCGCCUCGACAUCCAAUCCACGACACACACACACACCCCAUUCACGACAGACACACCCCAUUCACGACAGGCACCCCUCAUUCACGACAGACACAUCUCCAUACACAUCAUGAAGGCCUCAGGAUCAUCGGUAACCAGGGCGGCAGAGUCUCUUGCCUACCUCGAGGAUUACCUCGACACCGUCGAGUCGCUACCUCUGGAGCUCCAACGCCAAUUCACGUUGAUGCAAGACUUGGAUGCGAAAGCGCAAUCAAUCAUGGCACAAGUGGGUGUCAAGGCAGCAGAGUUCAUCGACAAUGUUCAGACGUGUACUCCUAAGGAAAGAAUCAAGAUGCUCCAGUCACUGAACGAGAUGCUGGUCGAGAGUUUAAGACAGGGCGAGGAAAAGGUUGCACUGGCAACAGCAGCCUACGAUGUCGUGGAUCGACACGUCAGGCGACUGGAUGAUGAUCUGCAAAAGUACGAAGAUGAACAGAUGAUCGGUCCGGGACGACUUGGCAACACCAGCUCUUCAGCUUCUGGAGCAACUGCAGCUGAUCGCAAGGACGAAUCCUCCAAUGCUGCCACAUCAGCCAACACAACAUCCAACAAGAAAAGCACAUCUUCUUUGACGCAGGACGCACCAUCAACCAAGAGAAAAAACAAAGCGCAGAGCAACAGCAACAACGGCAACAGCAACGCCGCCGCCCCAACUACAUCUUCAGAGAAACGCAAAGCGGUAGGAUCGUCAGGCAGCUCCAAGGUUGCCAAGAAAACGCCUUCGUUUGCGGAACUUCCCAUCGACCCCAACGAACCACUUUACUGUUAUUGUCAACAGGUGUCUUACGGAGAGAUGGUGGCUUGUGACAAUGGAGACUGCGAGAUCGAGUGGUUCCAUUUGUCGUGCGCUGGCCUCAAAGCACCACCCAAAGGAAAGUGGUACUGCAAGGACUGUUCACAGAAAUCGAAGAAGCCUCAGAAGAAAUAGGACCGGAUUCCCGGGGUCCGUCCGUCAUCUACUUUACAUUAUCGUGAUAUUACGAUCAGCUUUUUUUUUUUCCCUUUUUUUUUUCUCUUUUAAUAAAAUUAAUGUUUAAAUGAUA